AUGGACAAUGAUGUGGGAUCGAAGGAAAAUGAUUUUGGGUUGGUUGAGACUCCUAACGAAGAUGGAAGAAACCGUAAGUGUGAUAUAGUAGUGCCAAAAGUUGGAAUGGAAUUCGAUGAGGUAGAAGAAGUAUAUGAAUUCUAUAGAAAAUAUGCAGCUGCAACAGGAUUUGGAUGUAAGACACGCUCGUCAAAGAAAGAUAAGGGGAUAUUAAGGCAUGUAACAUAUACUUGUGUUAGAAAUGGAAAUCAUAAAACAACAUCAACUACUCCAUUCGAGCUUGAUCCUACCGGAAAAUGUGAAUGCAAGGCUAAGUUAUCAGCAAUUUUGGGUGUAAAUCUUAAAUGGCGAAUCACUGUUUUUGUUCCCGAGCACACUCACAUGACAAGCCCAAGUAAAACUCGAUUCAUGAGAUGUAACAAGUUGAUUAAGAAAAGUGUCAAAAGAAAAAUCUUGAUUAAUGAUAAGGCAGGACUUGAGAUGUACAAGAAUUUCAAUAUAUGUGCAGCUGAAGCCGGUGGAGUGGAAUACCUUACAUAUGAUGAGAAAGACCUUAGAAACAUGGUUGCAAAAGAGAAGCGUUUGAAACUUGGCGAAGGAGAUGCUACCGCACUUAUAAAUUACUUUGAGAGAAUGCAAAAUUUGAACGAAGAUUUCUUCUAUAGAAUAGACUUAGGCGACGAUGGUCGCUUGAGGAAUGUUUUUUGGGCAGAUAAAAGGUGCAGAGAAGCAUACAAAGAAUUCGGCGAAGUGGUUACAUUUGACACUACCUACUUGACUAAUAAGUAUGCGAUGCCCUUCGCUCCUUUUGUUGGGGUAAAUCACCAUGGCCAGUCGACUCUAUUUGGAUGCGGAUUGAUUUCUAACGAGGAGAUUGAUACUUUUGUUUGGUUGUUCCAAGCAUGGCUCGAUUGCAUGAAAGGAAGUGCUCCACAAGCUAUACUUACAGACCAAUGUAGUUCAAUGAAGGCUGCUGUUGAGAGGGUAUUUCCGCAUGCUAAACACAGAUGGUGUUUAUGGCAUAUCAUGAAGAAGAUACCUGAGAAGUUAAGUAGUCACAAGAAGUAUCAAAACAUAAAGUGCAGGUUAAAAAGAGCCGUCUAUGAUACAACAUCUCCAACUGAAUUUGAUCAAAGUUGGAGCGAGAUGUUGGAAAAGUAUCCAAAGUUGAGAUCAAGUAGAUGGUUGAAUACAUUGUAUACAGAAAAACAUCAUUGGGUGCCUUGUUAUGUGAAUACAACUUUCUGGGCUGGAAUGUCGACUACGCAACGAAGUGAAAGCAUGAAUGCGUUCUUUGACGGGUAUGUUCAUUCAAGAACCACAUUGUCAGAGUUUGUUGAACAAUAUGACAACGCUUUAAGAAGCAAAGUUGAAAAGGAACUUAAGGCAGAUGCUAGGUCUUUUUCAAAAGUUAUUCCAACCACAACAUCUUAUGAAAUAGAGGAACAAAUGCAAAAUGUGUACACUAUAGAAAAGUUCCAAGAAAUUCAAAAGGAAUUGACGAAGAAGAUAUACUGUGAAAUAAUUGACGUUCAAGAUGAAAUCCAAGAUGGUAUUCAAGUGACAAGAUAUGAUGUACAAGAAGAAAUUUGGUAUUACAGACUACCAUUUGUAGAAGAUGAAGACGGAAAUUCAACAGAUGAAGAUGCUACAGCAGCUGCAGGUUCAGAUCAAGAAGAUAUUGUUGAAGUAAAUAAUAUACCGACAGUAGAAGAAGGGGAAGAAGACGAACAUAAUCCAAAAGCUAAAAAAGUUAUGAAGCAUGCUGUUUUUAAGGUUUGGAGAUGGAGAAAAGAUGUGAAAUUAGCUCAUUCAAAGGUGUCUUUGAGUUCUGAUAGUUGGCAGCUAACUCCCGAGGAAAAGCGUUAUAAGGAGUUAUGUGAUUACUUUGCAGAGCUUGCCGAUAUAGCAUCUCGAGAUGAUGAUGAAUGCAAUGAUAUAAAAAAAUGGAUAGGCGAACAGUUGAAGCUUGUAACUGAAAAAGUUCCAAAUACCGCGAAGGAAGUGAUUCAUACAGAAGUGAACAACGUUAUAGAAGUACAAAACCCGCGUGUUGUUCCUACGAAAGGCAGGCCAUGUAAAAAUACCUCGAAGCCUAAGGUUUUGCAAGAAGUGCCGACGCAACAAAACAUAAUGAGUACAGUUCAAACCAGAAAUAUCAACCCAAUUCAUGAACAAUAUCAUCAGUAUCAGCUUCAUACAGUUGGACAAUUUCAAAAUACCCAAAAUAUGCAGUUUGGAGUAUCGCAGAGUUACAUAGGUGGAUAUUCGGGUGUGCCUCACAUUUCACCUUACAGGCAGGUUGUUAAUGUUGCACCUCAACAAUUGGAUAACAUAUGUUAUGCACCUACAUACGGCGGAUUUCAACUACAUGAAGGAGCACAAGAAGCUAAUGUCUAUCACCUUGCAUCGUAUCCGGAGCACCGUUAA